CCUGAGAAGCAGACACACUUCAUAAGGGAGUGUGUGAGUGAUUAAGAUAAGACCUCUAAAGAUCAAGACACAAUAUAGAUAACAUUAGAAGAGUUUAGGUUCAUCUCUGGAGCUUUCUGGAAAUACUUUAAAACCAGAAAUAAGACGACAACCACAUCAAUUGUCUCACCUGCACUAAGGAUGUCUUUAUGUGGCAGUUUUCUGUCUGACGAGCAGUUCCAGUGCUCCAUCUGCCUCGAUGUGUUCACCAACCCUUCAACCACACCGUGCGGCCACAGCUUCUGCAUGGCCUGCAUCAGCAGAUACUGGGACGGAUCCAAGGUGUGUCAGUGUCCUCUGUGUAAGAAAACCUUCCAGAAGAAGCCGGACCUCCACAUCAACAGGACGCUGCGAGAGAUCACCGAGCAGUUUAGAUCCAUGAGGGGAGCGGGAGUCGUGGGGAGGGAGAGGAGAGGGGGGAGAGGAGGAGGAGGAGGGGGAGGGGGAGAUGGAGCGUUACCAGAUGAUUUAUUUGAUGAGCUGAGGAGGAAGCUGCCUCAAACUCUACCAAAGCCGCAGAUGACGCUGACCUAUGAGGCUCCGUCCCAAGGUAACUCCAUCCCAAUGUUGUUACCACCCGCCACGACCUCACUGGCUUCUUCGGUACCGAACAACAGUCCGAUCGCUGCCCUGAACCACUCCUCCGGACCUCCGCCGCCUCCUCCCUCAUUCUCCCACUCCAGCGGCCGGAGAAGGUUCACCGUGAGCGGGGCUGCAAGCAGCCAGAGCCUCCCUCUCUGUGAGAUCCACCACAGAGGAAUACUGAUUUACUGCAGGACUGACCGAGUGUGUAUCUGUCCUGAGUGUGAGACCGAGGACCAUCAGGAUCACGACACGGUGACUGUCGAAGAUGAGUGGACGGAAACCAAGUCACAGCUAAGUGUGUUGGAGCAGGAGAUCAAGGAGAUGAUCAGACAGAGAAUCAGGAAGAUCGAAGAGCUCCGAAUGUCAGUGGCCGAUCUGGAGUUGGCGGUGGAGCGAGAGACAGCAGGAAGUGUCGGCCUGUUUUUCGCACUGGUGUCCGCCAUUGAGCGCUCCCAGGCAGAGCUGAUAGAAGUGAUGGAGAUGAGUCGGAGGGCGGCCGAGCACCAGGCCGACGCCAUGAUACGUCAGCUGGAGCUGGAGGUCGAAGAACUGCGGAGGAGAGGAAGCGCCCUCGCCGAGCUCGCCCAGUCCGACGACCACAAUCACUGUGUCAAGACGUUUCCCGUCCUCUCCAGCCCUCCACCUGCCAGAGACUGGUCCGGAGUGGCGGUGAACUCUGACCUGGGAACAGGGACCAUCUACAGGUCUCUGGCAGCGCUGGUGGACAGGUUCCAGGAGCAGCUGAAGAAUGUCGCAGAAACAGGUUUUCCUCCCACUGUGGUGGAGCCCAGUCCGGUCCGAGCACAGCCCAGGAUGAGGAGGGUUCAGGAGUACGCAGUGGAUGUAACGCUGGACUCCAACACUGCCCAUCCCAGACUGAUUCUGUCAGAGGACAUGAAGAGUGUGAGGUGUGGAGACAGACACCAGCUGCUUCCAGACAAUCUGGAGAGGUUCGACAGAGUCGUCUGUGUCCUGGGGAGGGAGGCCAUCUCCUCUGGGAGACACUAUUGGGAGGUGGAGGUGGGUGGGAAGACGGACUGGGAUCUGGGGGUGGCCAGGCAAUCAAUCAACAGGAAGGGGAAGAUUGACGUUACCCCAGUCAAUGGAUACUGGUUCCUCAGCCUAAGAAACAAGAACAAGUACGCCUUUCGCACCGAACCCUCCACAGACGUCCAUCUGAACCUCCAACCACAUAAGAUUGGGGUAUUUGUGGACUUUGAGAAAGGACAGGUGUCGUUCUACAACGUUGAUGCUAAAAUCCACAUCUACACUUUCAAUGACACUUUCACUGAAUGCAUCUUGCCGUUCUUCAGCCCUUGUACUAAUAAAUCCGGAAAGAACGACGGGCCGCUGAUUAUCACACCGGUAAAUACGAUAGAGUGACGGAAAACACCUGGAAGUUACUUGUUGUUUCUUCUUCUUCUUUUUCUUUUACAUACUCAUGCACUGAGUGUUCCUGUAAAAAGAAAAAUAAUCCUUUUGGCAGAUGUUGGUGUCUGACUGUGAAUAGUUUAUAUAGGUGGAACAUUUUGAUGUACCUUAAAUGAUUCACUGAUCAUUUAAUAAAACAAUCACAUUUUGCGAUAA